UCUCUCUCUAUCUUUAUUGAUUGCAUUGUCAUUGGUGUGGAAUUCUUGGAAAUGAAACAAAAAGUGUGAAAAAGAUUCGAUUUUUAAUUUUUUCGUGUUCAAGAACUGCUCGUUUCGAGUCAUGUAGUGUCUGCAUUCAACAAGAAUUUUCGUAGCUGAUAUUUUCUUUUGUUGUUAACGUCAUCUAAAUGGCGUUUUCUUGUUCAAGAACUGCUCAUUUCGACUCAUGUAGUCCUCUGCAUUCUGCGUGGUUUUGAGAUGAAAACGAGAUGAAGCAAAGUGCUGAAGCAUGAAUUUUAAUAGCUGAAGAAGUGUUAGUUUCAAGCAUAUGAUUGCACAAAUUGGAUGUUUUCUUUUGUCGUUAACAUCAUCCAAAUGGCGUUUGCUUGUUCAAGAACUGCUCGUUUCGAUUCUUGUAGUCGUCUACAUUCUGCGUGACUCUGAGCUGAGAACAAGAUGUGUAGCCAAGAGCAGAAGCAAUGUGUUUUCAAUGGUGUUUUCUAUUAAAGAUCAUUACAGAAUCACAUCUUUUUCCUUUGUUUCAAUGAAAUUUUAAAGUGGAAUUCAAUGGUGUUUUCUUGUUCAGAACAUCUUGUCUCCACUCUGCACUGUGUUGUGGUUUUGAGACGAAAAACGUGCUGAAAAUAUGCGUUAAACCAACUCCAUCUCGUCUCUGAUGACACAUUAAGCCUUCUGUUCUGCUCCAUCCUAUGAUGCUUUCAUGUAAUCUCAAAUAUCACACUGCAGGUAUGGAUUUCAUGGAAACGAAACGACGAACCAACUUAACUAGGCAGCUUCUCGUGGUGGCCGGAGUCACUGCACUUCUCAUUCUCAUCAUCAAUUGGUCUAAUAGCACUUCAACCUCUCUCAAGUUCUCUCAGCACGAGCCUGGAGUCACUCACGUGCUAGUGACCGGAGGGGCAGGCUACAUAGGCUCCCAUGCAGCUCUUCGCCUCCUAAAAGACUCAUACCGCGUGACUAUAGUGGAUAAUCUCUCCCGUGGCAACCUUGGCUCCGUUAAGGUCCUCCAGUCGCUCUACCCUGAGCCCGGGCGUCUCCAGUUCAUCUAUGCCGAUUUAGGAGAUGCAUCUGUGGUGGACAAAAUAUUCAAACAAAAUGCAUUUGAUGCUGUGAUGCAUUUUGCUGCUGUGGCCUAUGUUGGCGAAAGCACGGCCGAGCCUCUGAGGUACUAUCACAACAUCACCUCGAACACCCUCGUGGUGGUGAAGGCUAUGGCGGCCCACGGAGUCAAGACUUUGAUCUAUUCGAGCACUUGCGCAACAUAUGGCGAGCCAGAGAAGAUGCCUAUUACGGAGGUUACUCCGCAGGUACCUAUAAAUCCGUAUGGGAAGGCCAAGAAGAUGGCGGAGGACAUGAUUUUGGACUACUCGAAGACCUCGGACAUGGCUGUGAUGAUCUUGAGGUACUUCAACGUGAUCGGGUCCGACCCCUCUGGGAGGCUCGGGGAGGCGCCUCGCCCCGAGCUGCGCGAGCAAGGGAGGAUCUCGGGCGCUUGCUUUGAUGCGGCUCGAGGCAUAAUCCCCGGCCUAAAGAUAAGAGGAAGUGACUACAACACCGCGGAUGGAACUUGUGUGAGGGACUACAUAGAUGUGAGUGACCUAAUAGACGCACACGUCAAGGCUCUGGCACAUGCCAACCCCAAGAAAGUCGGAAUCUACAACGUUGGCACGGGAAAAGGUAGCUCGGUGAACGAGUUUGUGGCAGCCUGCAAGAGAGCGACGGGCGUGAACAUCAAGGUGGACUACCUUAGCCGGAGGCCCGGGGACUAUGCAGAAGUGUACACCGAUCCUUCGAAGAUUUGGAACGAGCUGGGAUGGAAGGCCAAGUAUACGAAUCUUGAAGACAGUUUGUCGACUGCUUGGAGAUGGCACAAGGCACACACCAAUGGCUACAACACUUUAACUUAAUUGCUUAUCCUUAUUGGAUCUGAGUCUCAUUUUUUGUGAAGACAGAAAGAGAAUGCAUGCAUGAUCCAUUGUGUGUUUCUCUCUACUCUACCAACAUGGUAUCACCACAGGCCAACAAGAUUCUUUUUUUUGUGUAUAAUAUCAAAAGGGAGACCAUGCAGCAUAAAAUUAUCAACUAUUAGUAACAUUGUAUUAUCAUACUAAUAGUGAAUUAAAAUGUGUUGUAUUUAUACAUGAGGUCUUUUGGUGUAGUUUCG